AAUAAUGUAAAGGUAGCUUAAAUUCUAUGACAAUAAUGGCAGAAACCGAUGUGCAAAUGAUAAACCAAUGCAACAAUCAACUCUCGUUAAAGGAUCUACUGCUUCUGUAAUCAACAUGAUGUCAUGCCACCAGAAUAAUGUGAAAAGUGACGAAAGAAAAGAUUCUAUUAUGAUAAAAAAUGAGGACCAUUUGACAUCUGAAUCUGUAAGCAGUAGUGAAGUUUUGUGGGCAAAAAAACAUCCUUGUUUGACUGACAGCAAGGCAGUUAUUUCAUACACAUCACAAGAGGUGUUGAAGCAUUUCAAAUGUGAUUUGUGCGAGACAACAUUUGCACAUUCCCAGGUAUUGGAUGCUCACAAAAUUAUUGAGCACCACAUGGAGAUCCCUCGAUGGCAUUGCAGGCUAUGUGGUCUUGGUUUCCUGCGUAAUGAUGCUUACAAUACACACAUGCUGAAAACACAUCAGGAGGACAGCCGCAAUGCCUGUAUUACCUGUGGCCAGGUGUUCACCAACUGGGACCUACUACUGCAGCAUGCCAAAGCCCAUUUAAAACAAAAAGUUCCACAAGUGCACAGAUGCGAAUUCUGUCCAGCAGAGUUCUGUCAUUUGUCCAAACUUAAACGUCAUCGUCAGCAGCACACAGGUGAGAGACCAUACAAGUGUAACUACUGUGACAAAUACUUUGCCAUCAGCAGCAGUCGUCUUCAACACAUACGGAGACAGCAUUUGAAGCAGAAGAAACAUUUGUGCCAGUACUGUGGACAAGGGUUCAGUGACUCCACCUCCCUCAAAGUUCAUAUUCGGACUCAUACGGGAGAAAGACCAUACAAAUGUCCAGUAUGUCCACGAGCCUUUGCUAAAAGCAAUGGCAUGGUGGUUCAUUUAAGACAGCAUACUGGUGAAAAACCAUAUGUGUGUGAACAGUGUGGCGACAGCUUUGCCCAAAAUGUCAGCUUGAGGACUCAUGUGAAAAACAAACAUUCAGACUCGCAUGCUCUUCUGUGCACAUAAAGUUAAAAAGUCACAAAUGUCAAAUGACUUCCCAGUUUGCAUUUUUUUUUUCAGCAUUUCUUAUGAAUGAUUUGUGCUUGAACAAAAAAAAAAAAAAUCUGAAAUUGGGUACUUGAAAAGAGAUUGUGUUUAACAACAGACAUUGCAUCUUAAUUUUGAAUGUUUUAACCUCUGACUACACCCUUUGAAGGUUAUGUAUUUAUAUCAACAGACCAAUUUCAACCUACAUUUUAAACUUAAGAGCAAUAAUCAAGAAAUGUAAACAUUUUAAAACACUGCGCAAGAGUGAUUCCUUAUCUUUAUAUUAAAAAAAAAAAAUUGAUUACAUGCUUGCUUUCAAAUUUUCCAAAUUCCUGUAUUGAGCAUGUUAUUUAUAUAUAUUGUGGUUGGUCAGCAUCCAAUUAACCUUUUAGCACCCCAAGCAAACACUGUAAAUGUGAUUAGCUUACUUGAAGCUAUGCAUGGGAUUAACUAUUUUCAUAUAAAAUUUUAAGCCUGAGUAAAUUGAGACUUAAGGCCAUUGAGGUUAAGAUGUGCUGGGGGGAAAAAAAUGCAGCAAAAUUGUAGUGUGUCCUAAUGUUCGGUGUACUGAGCCUUAGGGAUACCAAGGGAGACUUCAUUUCCGUCAGCUUUUGAAAUUAAAGCAGUGAAUUAGGAAUUGUGCAUAAAUGCGUGUGUAUGUCUACCAGAACAAAUAAAUAAAGAAAAGUGAGCAAAAAAAGUUUGGGAAACUCGACGAAAUAGCAACAAUAUUGAAGAAAUAGAAGGCAGCAGAAAGCUUUAUUAAAUUUUCAUGUUAAAAAAGAAAGUUACUCGGUCCAGAAUGCAUCAUAAAAUGGCAGCUAAAUGCCCAACAUAGCAGUUAGCUGAGAGCUACAGAUUAAUCAUCCAGCUAGCAUCUAUCAAUGUGUUGUGCACUUGGCCCAAUAACAGCCUGACUCUUAAAACAUAGUUUAUUGUUUUGGAUAACAGGUUUUAACAAACAAGCAAUACCAGUUAUUCUGAAACAAGAAACUUAAAAAAAAAA